UGGUGGCAUACAUACAUGAAAUAAGAGUCCAUUUGUUUAAUGAAAUUAAUUGAAUUGGUAAUUGAUGAUCAUGUAGUGAGUGAUAGAUCUAUAUGUGAGUACAAUUAAUAAUACAAUACAAUUUCCUCUUAGUACAAUACAAUACAUAUUUAUAUUAAUAUAUUGCAUUUGAGAGUUGAUACUUGUUAACAGAUUAUGUAUUUAUUUGUAGGUUUUGGGUUCUUUGUGUUGACUAAAGGUUGCGCAAUUGUAACUCUAUCUAUUGGAGAAAGAAGUUUCAUAAUGGAUAGAAAUUGGAUGAGUGCGAAUAGAUUAUCAGCGGAGUAUAGUGAAGGAGUUGACCAUUUCUUGGACUUUUGUCAGAAGAAUGCUAAAAAUACUAAAUUGGUUCUUUGUCCUUGUCUUAAAUGUGGUAACAUGGAGCGUGUGGACAUUGCUAGUAUAAAGGAGCAUUUAUUUAGGAACGGAAUAGACAAGAGUUAUAAGGUUUGGGUUUACCAUGGGGAAAAGAAUAGAGUUCCGGGCGAGGGAACGUCUAAGUCUAACAAGGUUAAGGGUGUUAAUUUGGAGUAUGAGGAUGAUCACAUUCCAGAAAUGAUUGGAGAUGCACAAUAUGAAUUAAAUGUCGAUCCUUUGAAAUUUCAAAGUUUUGUAGAGGAUGCCGAGAAGCCUAUUUACCCUAAUUGUAAUAGGUUUACUAAGUUGUCGACACUUAUUAGAUUAUACAAACAGUGUGGAUACUACGUCAUGAAAUUCAUUGAAAGUUUCAUGGUCGUAGAAGAUCCAAUACAAUUGUUGACCCGACAAGAUAGGUUCUCCACUCCGUACACUAAUGAUGAGAUAAAUAUUAUGCGUGAUCGGUGGAUUCAUUAUGUGAAAGCGGAAGCGGAGCGACAACAGUUACCGUGUUAG